UUUUCCUCCCCUCUCCUAGGAUUAAACGAGGUGAAGGAUUGUAUAGCUGGAGGGAUGGGUGAAUAACGACGAGAGGAACACCCACAUUCAAAUCAAGUCUGGACUGACGGAGAGAGGGAGCUGGGGAGAGUUGAAGGCUAGCCGGGAAGGCGGUAACACUCAAGGGCAUUGCGAGGAUCCGCUGGGAGAAAAUAUAACUUUUCAGUUCAUGAUCUGAAAGCCAUUGCACUGAAGCAGCCCAGUCCAGCUGAAGUUAACAUUCAGGUGCCCAGAGAGCCUCACCCCUUCAGUCAUCAGGAUGCAGGUUUUGGGUCUGGGGUGUCCGCUGGUCUUUCUGGCUCUUGUGACCAUUUUUACCCCCCCAGCCCAGGGGCAAGUUUCAAGCCCGCGCAGACUGCGUUUUAAAGUGCUAAGCUCAGGCAAAUUGGUUGUGGCCUGGAAAGAGCCAAGGGGAGAGUUUGAAAGCUACAGAUUUAUCUACAGCACAAAACCAGGUGGCGAGGAAACCGAGGUGCAGAUCUCAAAGGGAGAGAACAGAGCGGUAAUAAGCGACUUCGAUGCCAGUCAGGAGUAUGCGUUCAAGGUGUUUGCCGUGAGGGGAAACGAGGAGAGCAAGCCUCUACAAGGGAGGUACGCAGUGCCAGACCUGGAGCCUGAUGAGGGUGUGCAGCCGCAGAAGCUGGACACCACUGCGACUGAGGAUGUGAAUGAAAUAACGGGAGGGGACCAGUUCGUCUGCACCACUCCAGCCAUCGCGGACAUAGUUAUCCUGGUGGACGGCUCCUGGAGUAUUGGCCGGCUAAACUUCCGGUUGGUGCGCAUGUUCCUGGAGAACCUAGUGAACGCAUUCACUGUGGGCAUCGACAAGACCCGGAUAGGUUUGGCACAGUAUAGUGGGGACCCCCGGAUAGAGUGGCACCUCAACGCCUUCAACACUAAGGAUUCUGUGAUUGAUGCAGUGAAGAACCUGCCCUAUAAAGGAGGAAACACGCUGACGGGCCUGGCGCUGACCUACAUCCUGAAGAACAGCUUCAAGCCUGAGUCUGGUGCCAGAUCCGGCGUUCCUAAAAUUGGGAUCCUGAUCACAGAUGGCAAGUCCCAAGAUGAUGUCCUCCCCCCAGCACAAAGCCUUCGUGACGCCGGCGUCGAGCUGUUCGCCAUUGGUGUGAAGAACGCGGAUGAGAACGAGCUGAAGGCCAUCGCCUCAGAUCCCGAUGACACACACGUCUACAAUGUGGCCGACUUCAGCAUCAUGAGCACCAUUGUGGAGGGCCUGACCAGGACUGUGUGUGACCGCGUCGAGCAGCAGGACAAGGAGAUCAAAGGAGAGGCUGGCCCCGAGCCAACUCAGGGCCCUCCUCAGGACCUGGUGACGUCAGAGGUGACAGCAAGGAGCUUCCGUGUCACGUGGAGCAAAGCCCCGGGGGCUGUGGAGAAGUACCGCGUGGUCUACUAUCCCACCCAGGGGGGGCUGCCCGACGAGGCGGUGGUAGACGGCACGGAGAACUCAGUGGUGUUGCGAAACCUCAACUCUCUGACGGAGUACCAGAUUGCCGUGUUUGCUGUGUACACCAGCGCUGCCAGCGAAGCUCUCCGAGGCACUGAGACCACUCUGGCGCUGCCCAUGGUGAACGACCUGGAGCUGUCCGACGUCACCCACAGCACCAUGCACGCCCGCUGGAGGCCCGUCGAAGGGGCUUCUGGGUACAUGAUCCUGUACGCGCCGCUGAGCGACGGCGAGGCCACGGAUGAGAAGGAGAUCAAAGUGGCGGCGACGGAAACGGACGUGGAGCUGGAGGGGCUGUCACCCAAAACGGAGUACACGGUGACGGUGUACGCCAUGUAUGGCGAAGAGGCCAGCGAUCCGCUGACAAGCCAGGAGACCACGCUUGCUAUGGAACCGCCUGGAAACCUGCAGGUUUCGGACAUUGACCACAGCUCUGCCAGGGUGACCUGGGAUCCCGCGCCUGGGAAGGUCAAGGGGUAUCGCAUCUUGUACGCCCCAUUUGGGGACGAGCAACCCAGCGAGGUGGAGAUGGGUCCUGCCACGUCCCUGAUCCUUAGGAACUUGACAUCCUUGACCGAGUACAAUGUGGCUGUCCUAGCGCUAUACGAUGAGGGCCAAUCCGAUCCCAUCACCGACGGAUUCACCACCAGACUGGUGCCCGAGCCUCUGGACCUCAGAACCAGUGAGGUCACGCCCAGCAGCUUCCAGGUCAGCUGGCAGCACCCUGCUGAUGACAUUGCCCUUUACAGACUGUCCUGGACCCCCGUCAGCGGCGGUGACACUAAAGAGACUGUUCUGAAUGGCAACGCGGAUGCUUUCCUGCUGACCGACUUGCAGCCAUUCACCGAGUAUGAGGUGACGCUGUCCGCCAUCUACAAUGACGAAGCGGAGAGCGACGCUGCAACCAUUUCAGAGACAACAUUGGAAAGGACCACAACUGUUGCCACGACAACAGCAGUGGUACGCCAGGGAGUCAAUAACCUACUCAUCGAUGAUGAGACCACCUACAGCAUGCAGGUGUCCUGGGAACUCCAGGACCCCAACGUGCUGCAGUAUCGGGUGUCCUAUGUCAGCCUGAGGGGGGACCGUGCAGAGGAAGCGGUGCUGGUGCCCAGCAGCCAGAACAGCCUCCUCCUGCAGCCUCUGCUGUCAGACACCGAGUACAAGGUGACAGUCACCCCAGUCUACGAUGAAGGCCAUGGCGUCAGCAUGUCCUCUGUGGGCCACACCUUGCCGCUCACCGCCCCCCGGAACCUGAGGGUGUCAGAGGAGUGGUACAACCGUUUCAGGAUAACCUGGGACACCCCUCCAUCACCCACCAUGGGCUACAGGAUUGUUUACCAGCCCAUCUCAGCUCCGGGACCUGCCCUGGAGACCUUUGUGGGAGACGAUGUCAACACCUUGCUGAUCGUGAACCUGAUGAGCGGCACAGAGUACAGUGUCAAAGUCAUCGCCUCCUACACCACUGGCUCCAGUGAGGCCCUCGCCGGCAAGGCCAAGACAUUGAAGCUGGGUGUGACCAACCUGAACACGUACCAGGUGCGCAUGACCACCAUGUGCGCCCAGUGGCAGCCGACUACUGCAUCCAUCUACAGGGUAGUCAUCGAGUCGCUGCUCAAUGGACAGAGGCAGGAGGUGAACUUAGGGGGCGGGGCCUCCCGGCACUGCUUCUAUGACCUCACUCCCAACACCCAAUACAAGAUCAGCGUCUACACCCAGUACCAGGACAUGGAGGGCCCUGCAGUCACCACCAUGGACAAAACACUUCCCGCUCCUACCGAGCCGCCAACCAUGCCCCCCACGACGACCCCCGCCCCCACCAUCCCACCCGCCAAGGAAGUCUGCAAGGCCGUGAAGGCUGAUCUGGCCUUCUUAGUGGAUGGGUCCUGGAGCAUCGGUUCCGAAAACUUCCAGAAGAUCAUCGGCUUCCUGUACAGCACCACUGGGGCCCUGGACAAGAUCGGGCCUGACGGCACACAGGUUGCGAUUGUGCAGUUCAGCGACGACGCCCGCACAGAGUUCAAGCUCAGCGCCUACGAUGACAAGGAGGCGCUGCUGGACGCCGUGCAACGCAUCUCAUACAAGGGGGGAAACACCAUGACAGGGCGGGCCAUCAAGCAUGUGAGGGACGGCAUCUUUACCGUGGCGGGAGGUGCGAGGAGGGGCAUACCUAAAGUCCUGGUGGUGCUGACCGAUGGCCGGUCCCAGGACGAUGUCAACAAGGUCUCCAAGGAGAUGCAGAUGGAUGGUUACAUUAUCUUUGCCAUUGGUUUCGCCGAUGCCGACUAUGGGGAGCUGGUGAACAUCGCUAGCAAGCCCAGUGAGAGGCAUGUCUUCUUUGUGGAUGAUUUGGACGCCUUCAAGAAGAUCGAGGAGCAGCUGAUAACGUUUGUGUGCGAGGCAGCCUCGGCCACCUGUCCAGCUGUUAUGAUGAGCGGGAAGACCCUGGCAGGGUUCAGGAUGAUGGAGAUGUUUGGGCUGGUGGAGAACCAGUAUGGCAGCGUGGAGGGUGUCUCCUUGGAGCCCGGCACGUUCAACAGCUUCCCCUGCUACAGGCUGCACAAGGACGCGCUGCUCUCCCAGCCCACCAAGUAUCUCCACCCCGAAGGCCUUCCCUCAGACUACACCAUCACGGUGCUGUUCCGCCUGCUGCCAGACACUCCCCAGGAGCCCUUCGCAUUGUGGGAGAUUCUGAACAAGGAAAACGAUCCCCUGGUGGGCGUAAUUCUGGACAAUGGCGGGAAAACCCUAACCUUCUUCAACUACGACUACAAGGGUGAAUUCCAGACUGUGACAUUUGAGGGGCCUGAGAUAAAGAAGAUCUUUCAUGGCAGCUUUCAUAAGCUCCACAUAGCAAUCAGCAAGACCACUGCCAAGGCUGUGAUCGACUGCAAGGUGGUCGGGGAGAAGCCCAUCAGUGCCGCAGGCAACAUCACCAUGGAUGGGGUGGAGGUGCUGGGGAGGAUGGUGCGCUCCCGUGGAAAGAGGGAUAACUCUGCCCCGUUCCAGCUCCAGAUGUUUGACAUCAUCUGCAGCACCUCAUGGGCGAGCCGGGACAAGUGCUGUGAGCUCCCGGGCCUGAGGGUGGAGAAGGACUGUCCCGCCAUGCCCCAUGCCUGCACCUGCUCCCAGGACAGCAAAGGCCCCCCCGGACCCAUAGGACCCCCGGGAGGUCCUGGUAUCCGAGGCGCGAGAGGGGAUCGAGGAGAACAGGGCCUGGUGGGACCUCCAGGGCCCAUGGGUGACAUGGGUGCUCCAGGGCCCCAGGGACCCCCCGGCCCCCAGGGCCCCAGCGGAAUGUCCAUCCAGGGACCACCGGGGCCCGCCGGGGAGAGAGGAGAGAAAGGCGAGGCAGGACCGCAGGGGCUCCAGGGAGUGCCUGGGUCUCCUGGAUCCCCAGGACGUGAUGGUCCCGCAGGACAGAGGGGGCUUCCUGGAAAGGAUGGACCUCAGGGACUGCAAGGCCCUCCAGGACCGAUUGGUACCCCUGGAGCCCCUGGGGCCCCUGGAUCGAAUGGACCCCCAGGGCAAGUGGGCGACCCCGGAACACCUGGUCCUUCUGGUACCAAAGGCGAAAAGGGCGAACGAGGUGACAUGCAGUCUCAAGCUGUCGUCCGGUCCAUCGCCCGUCAGGUCUGCGAGCAGCUGAUCCAGAGUCACCUCUCCCGCUACAGCUCUGUGCUGAACCAGAUCCCCAGCCAGGCUGUCUCAGUCCGCACUGUGCCUGGACCCCCUGGAGAGCCAGGACGCCAGGGCCCCCCAGGGCCACCGGGAGAGCAAGGGGCACCCGGAAGACCAGGGUUCCCUGGAGGCAGCGGGCAGAACGGCCGACCAGGGGAGAGAGGUUUUCCUGGAGAGAAGGGGGAGAAGGGAAGUCCUGGUGUGGGAAUUCAGGGACCGAGAGGGCCACAAGGUCCCCCAGGGGUCCCUGGUGAGGGACGGACAGGCAGUCAGGGACCCCCUGGCAGACCGGGUAAUCAGGGCACACCAGGGCGGCCAGGCGUCCCGGGACCCACAGGCCCUGCCGGGCCACCAGGCUACUGCGACCAGAACUCCUGCCUGGGAUAUAACGUUGGAGGUGGAUAUGGUGGUGACCCAACUGACCGAGAUGUUCCCAUAGUACAAAUGCCUCCCAACUCCUACCAAACCUAUGACCCCGCCGAGAAUUACGAUGAGGAAGAGGACGACCCGUAUGGCGGCUACGUGGGCUACCCCUCUCAGUACUACCGGCCCUCCUACCCACGGGCCCCUCACCCUGUCCAGCCCGGCCCUGACCACUCAGAGGAUGCCAUCGAGGUGAGGUCACCGGGAGUCCGCCGCUUCGCCAGGAGCCCGCCCCAGAAGGAAGGCGCCGCCCCUGACCGGGGAGACGCCAUGAGGAAAGGGGCUGGGAAGUCGAAGACACGCAGCUGAAGUGCAGGACAGCAGUUGUGAUUUUAGGGGGAGGAGCCGCAAGCCGUUCACAAGCCGUGCUCCCUGGUGAGCGCGCCGACAGAGGGAAAUCCGAAAG